GGGUAGAUUGCUUACCACGAGGGGUGCUGGUAUCGUACUGUACCGCCGGUUUGGAUCCAGUCUCUGUUCUGUGCAGGCUCGCAAUCCAAAGAUUUGAGGUCAACAGGUGACAUUGGUGUGAUCAGAAGAUCAGAACUACUGGAGUAUCUCUUCGAAAAUCUCAGCCCAGUGUCAGUGCGUCUCAUAAUUUCAGCCAAUCUACUUUUGAAGAGUGCGAAGCAAAAUGAAGCGCCCCAGCAUGAAGACUGUAAAUGAAGCCAUUGAGAUCAACCACCCUGAUUUCUAUGAUUGGGCCAAGGAGUCUCGUUUGAAGGUCCGGUCAUUGCCAUGCAUGUUGGUAGCGGGAGACAGACCACCAACAAAGCCCAGAAGGAGCGACGAGAUGGUCUAUGAUUGGAAGAAGCACCGACAUUCUUUGAGAAGAUCAACAACAGGAAAGAGUAGACACAAUUCGAGCUUUGACCCAAAGAAACCGUCAACAUCUGCGCCUCAUCUACGGCGCAUGACGACCUUUCCAACCAUUUCGACUCAGUCGGGGGCAAGCCGAUGGAGUAGCAUCGUGGUUUCAACGCCUUCCAACGAUGCAAAGAACCCAGACAAGAAGAAGCGCCUCCUUGAACUCAAAGGGAAAUGGGAUUCGAUGACUAGCAGUCCAUUGCUGGUCGUCAGUCCUUCAAGUCAGACUACCCAAAUGCCAACUGCGGGAUAGAUGGUGAAAUAGCAGAUGAGUGGUUGCCCAUCAUUCGUACUAGCAUGAAGAGCGAAACGAAGAAGAAAUAGAGCAGGCGAAGCAAAGAACCAUAUAUACAGUACACGUAAUAAAGAACAAUAAGAAAAGUGCUUGAAACCUUG